AGAGAGAGAGAGAGCAUCAAGUCACCAGGACAGGCUCCACCAUCCACACACUGUAAGGUACAAGUGCCACAAGGAGACUAUAUUCCUCUAAAAUAAUGGAUGGGACAAAGCCGGCCAUGGAGUCCAACGCAGAGGAGACUCAGGACGAGGGACAGGAGAGCAAAGGAUGCUUCGAGUGCUGCAUCAAGUGUCUGGGCGGGGUGCCCUACGCCUCCCUGGUGGCCACCAUCCUCUGUUUCUCAGGCGUGGCUCUGUUCUGCGGCUGCGGCCACGUGGCGCUCACCGGCACCCUGACCAUGCUGGAGAACCAUUUCUCCAGGGUCACCACGGACCACGCCACCCUCACCUUGGUGAUCCAGAUCUUUCAGUACAUCAUCUACGGUAUUGCCUCUUUCUUCUUCGUCUACGCCAUCAUCCUGCUGGCUGAGGGCUUUUACACCACCAGCGCCAUUAAGAAGGAGCUGCAGAGCGACUUCAAGACCACCGUCUGUGGACGCUGCAUCACCGCCUUCUUUAUGUUCCUGACCUACAUCCUCGCUCUGGCAUUCCUUGCCAUCUUCGGCUUCACGGCGAUACCUGUUUUCCUGUUUUUCAACAUGUGGAACACCUGCGCUGCCAUGAAGUCUUCUGAGGCCAACAUCACCUUGCCUGACUCCAUCUGUGUGGAUGUCAGGCAGUAUGGUAUUAUUCCCUGGAACGCCACUCCAGGAAAAGCUUGUGGAGCCACACUGGGGGACAUCUGUAACACCAGCGAGUUCUACCUGUCCUACCACCUCUACAUUGUCGCGUUCGCCGGCGCCGGUGCUACCGUCAUCGCAUUGAUCCACUACCUGAUGAUUUUGGCGGCCAACUGGGCCUACCUGAAGAGCGCCGUCUCCACGCACGAGUACCAGGACAUCAAGACCAAGGAUGACCAGGAUCUGGAGGCCGAGGCACGCUCCAAGGAGGGCCAGAACUCCUCCUCCUACUCAUAAGGACAAGCGAUCCUCUCCCGCCACCACCCAUCUCCUCUCCACACCUCAACCCCCCACCCUGCAACACCCAGCGCCCACCCCUCCCUCCGUUAAAACAAACCACCUCGGUCAUGUUUGAUAGUCCCCCAACCUCCUGAUUCUCCAUCCUCUUCCCUUCCAUGAUGUUUCUUAAGAGUCACGGGCUCACACCAGAAGGGAAGAGAAUAGAGGAUCAGGAGAAGCGGCAGGCCCAGACGGAGGCAGAUGCUUCAGAACGGGAGAGCUCGCCCGCCGGGGUGGAGCUCAGGUACGGUACAUCAGUUCAGAAGCGUCUCCUCCCCCGUGCUUUUGGGCGGCGGCUCGUGAACGUGGCCCGGCUGUGAUGGCCUCGCGCCCUGAGCCAGCACAGCCUCUCGACACACAGCUCCUAACAGCCUAAAAAAAACAUUGUUCACUGUCUGCUUCAGCCACAGAGAAGCCAGGCAGCGACCAACUUCCUCCGUUUUUUGGUGUUUUAUAUGCAUAUAUAUAUGAAUAUGAAUAUAUUGUGCGAAUGUGUACGAAUGUUGUUGUUUUUUUUAAUACUCUCUGAAAAGUAUGCCAGGUCCUAUUACGAUCUUUCUUCUUCUUUAUGUUUUUGCGCUCAUAGGUUUUUUCUCCUUUGCUUUCUUCUCCAUUUUAGACUUUUUAUUGCUAAUGCUCGAUACGUUGUUGCACUAUUACGAAAACUAAAAAAUAAGGGAGAAUGAGAAUCCCUUAAAAACACAAAGCACCCCAGCCCCCCCUCUCUCAUAGAAAUACCUAAAAGACUCCAAUCAUGUGGUAUCUCAAGGAUUAUUGUGCAUUUACAUGAUCAGAGUUUAUUUAUCUGCCAAGGUAUUAACCGUUUAUUUAACACCAGAGGUGUAGCAAACUUUUAUUAAAGGAAUACUUUUGGUACAUACGCUUAUUAGCUUUCUUGUCAAGGGAUAGAUGAGAAGACUGAGAUCAAUCUCAUGUCUGGAUGUUGAAUAUAAAGCGAGAGCUAGCAGCCGGCUAGCCUACGUUAGCAUAAAAAGUGUAACUUUGCUCUGUUUAGAGGCAACAAAAUCUGCCUACAAGCAUCUUUAACGCCUCGUUUCCAGUUUUGUUUUGUGUGUAUUUAUACAUAAAGUAUACAGAGUGCGCCCCCAGUGAUGAAUGCUAGGAAAUGCAUCUCUUUGCAGAUCAAAAGAUGUGUGGAUGUGUGUUAGCUAGCUAAACGUGCCAUCAGUCUUUUCAAUUAGAAAAAAUGUCAGAUUUUAAUAACAACUAGAUAGCGGACACUAAGAUGGUACCUUGCCUGGUGCAUACGCAAAAAAAUGUGCGGUAUGCAGCCCACUGAAUAUGCCCAGUAGUGUUUCUCCUACUGGCCCCGCCCACGAGUUCCCGCUUGGCUUUACACUGUGAUGACAUCACAGAUUUUAAAAUCGCUACUCGACAAGAGGAAAGUUUUACUAAUAUUAAACCUGAUGGCUUAAAAAUUCAGAAUAGAAAGACCUUGUUCACAGUUCGUAAGCAAUUUUACAGACGUCUCCUUUAGAAUGGGGAAAAUGCUUAUUGGGCUGCUGGGGAAUUUUUUCACUGCAAUAUCAGGAAUGGCCACUGGGAAAAAUUUGCUGCAAGGCUGAGAAGCUUUUUAAUGUACCAAUGUUAGCGAGCUAGAGCGAGACAUGCCGUUGAACUUAUUCCUUAGAAAAACAUGUAUAUAUAGAGCUGUAUUAACGGUGGUUCUUCAAUCUGUUAGCUAAUUUUUUUUCUGCUAACUUCCUGUGGCACAGUGCAUAUGGUGUGUCUGAAAUCAGCCGCAAAAGUUCAGUUUUUUCAACAUACUUUAGGCAGAUUCUGGGCCGGAAAAAAAGGAAGGAGGAGUUUCGCAAAUAUCAGAGGGGAUCGAGGUUGUCGCGCAUAUGUACCCCAAGCUAUGUAAAACGAGGCAUAAAGCUCACUAAUUAACAUGGUAUAUCUCAUUUCUUUAAUUCACACAAAGCUAGCAUUAGCUUGGUAUUUCCCGUCCAAACAUGACAGUGGUAUCAAUCUUCUCAUCUAACUCUCGUCAAGAAAGCAACAGGGUAUUACGAUUAAUUUUUGCUACACUCAUCACCAGCGGCAGCAGAAAUCAAAGAAAAAUCUGUCUGGGUCUUUUAACACAAGAAAGACACACACCUCAGGUAUCAAACCAAAUCAGAUUUCAGCCAGUUGUGUUCUUUUCCAAAGCUUCACCAUCUAAACACUAACCCUCGCCGGAUUGGUACGCUGUCCUGUGUGAAUUCUACAGUAAAAACCGGUUCUGUCAUUUUCUAAGAUCCCUCCUUUUUGUGAAUGAAGUCCACCUGUAAAUAGCUGAAUCACCCUAAAAGAUCUCGAUUUACACCUCUCCCAAACCGUGGGGAACACAGUCAGUGUUUUGCCAUGCUCUUCUAUUAUUUUUUUCCACAGAUAUAUGUAAAUGUACCCUUUGAGAUAUGUGUUUAGCACUCAAAUACUAGUUCUGCAUUUGAUAUAAUAAUUGUAAUGUAACAUCUUAAAUGAUAUGUCGUGAGAGGGAUACAGUGCAGUAUGAUAUGAUGGAUUGAGGUGCUUGUGACGUAUACAUUUUAAAAUGAGACAAAAAAAAAUGGAAAUUGAUUUUUAAUGUUUUAUCAGUUUUAGGCAGCUGAGUUCUUCUUGUGAUUCGGUAAUAAUGAUUUUAUGGAACUUGUUUGUGCUUUUUUUUUUUUUCGCCAAAUGACUCGUCAACAUGUGAGUUGACAAAAAAAGUCACUUUUUCUUUUGUUUUUUUUAAAUUUUAUUUUGAACGUCAUGCCUCUCACAUGAGCCACAGAGACUGUUUUGGAUGUUUACACUCUGAAUAAAAACAAGUCAGGAAUUUUCAUACAUUAAUUUUAUAAUCAGAUAUUGUUUAAUAAUCAUGAACUAUAUUCUAUAUCGAUCAUCACUGGUUAGUUUACCCUAAAAAAAAAAAAAAAAAAAGACAAAUAUUUGAACUUUGAUGAGAUGAAGCAUGUCAGUAUCGUCCAUGUGUGCAGCUGUCUAUUCUGUAUAAAAAAGGACUAUAUUGCCAUGUGUGUUAUGUUUGAUAAAUAUACGUGCUUUGCCACCAGGUUGAUGUAAAGGCAAACUUCAAUUUCCUAUAAGACGAUGCGUGUCAGGGUGUUGUUGUUUCCUCGUUAUUUGCAUGAAGGAGACAUGACUGUGUCUUUGCAGUUUUUCAGGUGAUGUGUAGUCAAUUGUACUGACAACUAUGGUAGGCGGUGUUUGCCCCCCUCCUCCACACUCCCCUUCCCUCCCUCUCCACCCACUCUUUUCUAAAGAAAACUCCAUUGUACUUUGAUGGCAUUGUAGUCCCUGUAGGUGUUUCAUUAUGGUUUUAUUUUUUAAGUUGGAAAUAGUUCUAUGACUCCUAUAUAGUGAUGAUUUUUGUAACCUUCUCUAGUAAAACCGAUAUUUUUUAUUAUCGUGA